GCCUGAUUGUCUGUCUGGUUAUCUGGCAGAUUGUCUGAUUGCCGAUAGUGGGAGGGGUGAUAGCACUGAUUGUUGUCUCCCUUGCAUGCCAUCGAGUACCCCUCAGUAUGCAACCUCAACUAGGGUCCAGAAACCCCGCAUUCGACUGAUUGGCAUCCAUCCGUGGUUUCUUCUGUUCAGUUCCCUUGUUUUCAUUUCUCCAAUAUUUCAUUCUUCCCCCUUCACAUUGUUCUUGCUUCCCUCAAUUCACUCCCCAAAACAAUCACCAUGUCUCUCGUGGUGGAUAUCCACACCCAUGUCUACCCCCCAGCCUACAUGGAGAUGCUGCGGGGACGCAACACAGUCCCCUACGUGCACGACCCUGCCGGCAGCGCAGACCCGCGCUUGAUCAUUCUCUCUUCGGACGAUGACCCCUCGAUUCCUCUCGACGAGCGAGGUCGCCCCGUCGAUGCAUCCUACUGGGACAUCAACGUGAAGCUGGACUUCAUGCGUCGUCACGGAAUCAACACCAGCGUGAUCUCUCUCGCCAACCCGUGGCUCGAUUUCCUGGAACCCGCAGAGGCAAAGACCUGGUCCGAACGCAUCAACGAUAACCUCGAAGACACCUGCGCCAAAGUGAACGACGCCGCCGACCCGGAGAAGACCCUAGCGCUGCACGAGAAACACACCCUGUUUGCGUUCGGCGCCUUGCCGCUGAGUGCCCCCAGCUCCGAUAUCGUGGUGGAUGAGAUCAAGCGGUUGAAAACACUGCCGCAUCUGCGCGGAGUCAUCAUGGGGACGUCGGGACUGGGGAAGGGGCUGGACGAUGCGAGUCUGGACCCCGUGUGGGGGGCGUUGGAAGAGACCAGGUCGUUGAUGUUUCUACACCCCCACUACGGACUGCCUGAUGAGGCAUUUGGGGGCACGGAUGCCAUGAAUCGCUACGGGCAUGUUCUGCCGCUGGCAUUGGGGUUCCCGCUGGAGACGACCAUCGCGGUGACGCGGAUGUUCCUGGCGGGUGUGUUCGAUCGCUUCCCUGGGCUGCAGAUCCUGCUGGCGCAUUCGGGAGGUACGCUGCCGUUUUUGGCGGGUCGCAUCGAGAGCUGCAUUCAUCAUGAGCGCAAGUUUAUUGCGAAUGGUGGCGAUGUGCCCGGUCCGCAGCGCAGUGUCUGGGAUGUCCUGAAGACGAACAUCUAUUUGGAUGCUGUCGUGUAUGGCGAGGCUGGUUUGCAGGCGGCAGUGGAGGCGUCUGGUACUGAUCGGCUGCUUUUCGGUACCGAUCAUCCGUUCUUCCCUCCUCUAGAUAACAAGGAGGGGCAAUGGCCGAGUGUGACGACCAAUUACAAGGCGAUCAACGCUACAUUCGACGAGAAUACCGAUAAGGUGGCAGGGGUUUUGGGUGGAAAUGCGGCUCGCAUUCUCAAUUUGAAGUGAUGCAUAGAUGAAUAACAUAUAGCGAUGCUUCUAUCAAUAGAAGCUAGACACAAAGAUUUUGGAAGUCGGUAUACCUGCGUUAUAGAGUCAUGUGUGAGUUGUUUCAAGAAGUAUACAGGAGGUAGUCAAUGAAAGUAAGGUGGCCAUCUGCC